AUGGUUUACUGUUAUCGUGUCAAGUCUUCGUGUUGUAGUGUCAAGGCUCCGUGUUGUCGUGUCAAGGCUCCGUGUUGUCGUUUCAAGGCUCCGUGUUGUCGUUUCAAGACUCCGUGUUGUCGUGCCAAGGUUCUUUGUUGUCGUUUCAAGGCCCCGUGUUGUCGUGCAAAGCUUCCUUGUUGUCGUUUCAAGGCCCCGUGUUGUCGUGCAAAGCUUCUUUGUUGUCGUUUCAAGGCUCCUUGUUGUCGUGCCAAGCUUCUUUGUUGUCGUUUCAAGGCUCCGUGUUGUCGUGCCAAGCUUCUUUGUUGUCGUUUCAAGACUUCGUGUUGUCGUGCCAAGCUUCUUUGUUGUCGUUUCAAGGCUCCGUGUUGUCGGGCCAAGGCUCUGUGUUGUCGUGGAGAGUGGGGGGGGGGGGGGGUGGUUGGGGAUUAA